AUGAUGAACCUCGCAACAGCAGUAGCAUCCAACGAUCUCGCACUCGUCCAAGAACUCUGUCGAGCCGGCCAAGACCCCAACCAGACCUUUGCCUGUUCCCCUCGUCAAUCUGCCUAUGCCAUCCAACCCAUCAUGGGUCGUCAGGCCGAAAACUUUGAACCCGAUGAUAUUCUCUAUGGCGCUACACCGUUGAAUCUGGCAGUGUUGAAUGGCAAUGAGGAUAUUGUGCGGUGUUUAAUUGAUACGGGGGCUGAUUUGAAUAAGAAGGAUGGACGUGGACGGACGCCGCUGUUGUGUGCUGUAUAUGGACUGGACACAUUAACGAUUACCCCAGCCAACCUGGCCCUCAUCUCACAGACAUCGCCCGCACACCUCUCCAUCCUCCGCAACUGCAUCCUCCCCCACCCCUCCAUCACCCUCUCGACCCUCAACGCACCCCAGGACGAGAUCAAGGGCAUCACCCCACUCUGUCUCGCCAGUUACUUGGGAAAGGAAGUCGUUGUCAGGUGUCUCCUCGAGGCUGGAAAAGUCGAUGUCGAUGCCACCGAUAGAAAGGGAGCCACUGCCUUGAUGUAUGCCGAUAGACAUAUGGCGGUGGUGACGACACUGUUGAGGCAUGGAGCUUCGCCCGAUCAGACAGACAAUAACGGAUGGUCCUCGAUCCAGUACGGCCAGAUGUAUCCCGAAAUCGUCCAAAUGUUCGAGGAGACCCUCCGGUGCAAACGACCAGAAGUUCUUCAUCUGUUGACUCCUCCCGAAUCCCCUCAACCCGUAAGCACCACUAUUUCAGCCCUCGACCGCUCCGCCGAUGGAUCUAACAACACCGCUUUGCCAUACGCACUUUCGCAGAGUCUGGUCCGAUACCCCCUCUACUACUCCAAACUGUCCUCGCUCCUCUCCUCCCUGCCCGCUGCACAGACUAUCACCUCCAAGGACGGCACCCUCACCCUUCAACAAUCGACUCCAUCAACAGCAAAUGCAGGCCCAAAGUCAUCCUCAGAAGUCGCCCUCGCUCAGCAGAUCCAAAAGACAACCCACACUGCGCUCUUGGAGGCGAUCAAGUUGGGCGACUUUAUGUCGUUACAGUCGCUUUUGAUGUCCCCGCCAACUCUGAACGAAAAUGGGAGGUCGGCUGCUGCUGGUGGGGGAAGUGGAGGAACACCGAAUGUGGCACUUGUCAACCAUCAUGAUCCCCAAACAGGACUGACUCCACUGCACCACGCCCUCAGGACUCGACCCUUGCCAUCGAUGGAAACAGUCAAGAUUUUGUAUCAGGCAGGAGCAGAUAUGAAUGCUCAGAGUCAUUAUGGACGUACUGCACUUCACCAUCUCUGCCGCUUCUCUCUUGAACACGCCUUGUCGCCCGUCAUGGAUGAUACCCAAACCGCAGCCCACAAUACUCAGGCGAUGGUAGUUGCCUCCACCAACGGCGCAAAUAUAGCGACGAACAUUGAAGAGUCGAGAGCGCAUCGCAGGAAGAACCGUUACCGUACAGACACCAAUGGGUCGGCAUCGUCCAACCAUUUGACUCCCAACGGAAAGGACCAGCCGGGUUCCUCUGCGGCAUCGACCACUUCUUCGAACGAUCUGUCGACAGGUCCUCGUCACCCACAUGGAACUCUCAUCGAUACGGGCGCCGUCAAGACUGCAUCCCCCGAGGAGAUUCAGAGGGCGUCCAAGCACUUGGCAGACUGCUGCCGGCUGUUGUUGCGUUUGGGGUCCCUGGUCAACAUUGCUGACAGACAUGGAAAUACGCCUUUGCACUUUGCUGUCGAGUAUGGUGGGGUGUUGGAGGUUGUUAGUGUCCUUGUAAAGGAGGGCGCUGAUAUCGAGCAACGCAACACCAAAGGACUGAAGCCUCUCGAUGUCGUCCGUGGUGAGCAGUCAGAAGAAAUGAGGCGCAUCCUCGCGUACCAGGCUCGCGACAGUAUCUUGAAGCCCCUUAACCUACCCGAGACACUCCACGAGGUCGACUUCCAGUUCAACCAGGUCCUACAGAACCUGGAACACUACCAGAACCACACCUCGGUCUCAAUCGAGACCUCCCUCCAGUACAUCACUGACCAGAUCCUCCUCGGCUGGUCGCCCGACAACCAGGGCGCCAACGGUCAGGUCCAGUCGCAGGAGGAAUACAAUGCAGAUCUGGUGUCGAGUCUGGAGAACCUCAAGUUCGAACUGGAGAGCACCUACGAGUUGCUUAUGAUCACGGAGGAGCAGUACAAGGACGUGAUUACGUUUUACGAGACGGAACUGGACGAGAUGACGCGACAGAACUUGACUGUAUUGACGUCGUAUGAUUCUGAAAAGUCCAAGGUGUCUGGUUUGUAUGGCAUCUAUACCCGGCUGAUUGAGCAACUGGAGGAACUCGAGGCUGAGAAUGAGGGACUCAAGACAGAGUUGGAGGAGAAGAAGCGUCGAGGACUUGUCAGCUUGGGUCGGUUGGUCAAUGGUGCGAUGGGCGGUUCCUGGUCGGGCACUCGGAACGGAAGCACCAUCACGUUGGCCAAGUCAAAGGCGGCCUUGAUCAAGAAGGACAACGAAAAGUCGUCUCUUGCGACCACCGCCUUGGACGAGGAGCACCUUAUCGACGAUACUGAUGGCAAGCUCGAUGGACUCCCUCGGCCAAAUAUGGUAUUUGCCUCUCCUGUUGCGAUGUCAAUCGAUACCGUCAAGGCGGGCCAGGACAGCCAUGUCGGACAUGAGGAGAAGGAGCAUACCAUCCCAAGACCGACCUCUCCAACACACACAGCACACACUAUUCUCUCGUCCACGGAGGAAGAGCCUACCAUGCACACAAUCGCAGUCCUCUCGCAGAAGGUAUCCCUGCUCGAGCAGGAGUUGUCAUCCAAGACAUGCGAUAUCAAGGAGCGCGAUCUGUUGGUGAGCGAGCUGUCAGAUUUGAUCGAGGAACAGUCCAAGGCCUUUGAUGGCGAGAUCAAGUCCCGCGAGGAGCGGAUCGACAGUUUGAUGGUGAUCUUGGGUCGUGCCGAAGAAGGAGAACAGGUCCAAACGUUGGUUGAUGAGCUGGCGGUCAAGAUUAUGGUCCAGGAGGAUGAGCAGAUCAAGCGACAACGUCUGGCGAGUGGCAUUGUCACCCCUAGUGUUACGGUUCAUGGCGACUCGUCUUCUUCACCGAUGACGGCUGACUGGUCCUUUGUCCUCAAGGCGUCCGCUUCCAAGCCAUUGGCUGACCAGGGAGAGCAAGACAUGGUAGCGACUCUCAAGCACGAGUUGGAAAUGUCUAGAGCCCAGACAGCGAGGUUGGAGCUGGCGAACGAUAGUCUCAAGGAAAGGUGGCAGCAGGCCAUGCAUGAGCUCGAGGGUGUUCGACAAUCGGAAGCUGCCAACUCGGACUCACAGAACGGUAGUGGUGCCAGCGGUACUGGUACAGGCGGUGCUGGUGGAGCAGGCACAGAUGGCAACAACUCGUCAACCACAUCGUCUUCUCUGAUUAUCCGUCCUCGCACCACCAAGGUCUUUGUCUCAAAGGCACCCCACAACCCACAGGACGAGCCCCUCUUCAUCACGAUCGACGAUAACGGCAAUCCACAAGAAGAGUUCCCAAGCCUUGAGGAAAUCGAGCUGGUCUUUGAGAUCCUCAUGGCGAAUCUGGCCGAGAUCUCGCAGGAUGCCGAAGAAGCCGAUGCACGCCUUCAGGAAUGCACCCGGGCCAAGGAACAGAUCUACCGCAAGUGUCUCUUCCUCGACGGCCUCCAAAAGACACUCGACGAGAAUGUCGAGAAGAUUGUCUCGCAGCCGUUCAAGGCCGAUACGCAGCCCAACUUCAUGAAGGAGCAGCUCAAACUCCAGAGCCAGCUCAAUGAGCUCAUGGAUCAGGCCGAGUCUGUGACAACCUACUAUAACAAGCUCAAGACUGAUCUGCAGGACUACAGGGAAGAGAAGCAGUCGAAGCUCAAGGACCUGGACCGUGUCAGGGAGUUGAUGCGCAAGAUUGGGCCCCAGGAGCUGCUGAGGGGUUUGCUGGUCAAACUCGAGGGAUCACAACCAGAGGAUGCGGCGACAGAGAAACGAAGGGAAGCUAUAGCGGCUGCGGUUGCUCAGGGGAUGGAGCUGGCGGCCGAGAUGGCGGCGGAGGAGGAUAAUUCGAAUGCUGAGAGGGCGAGCUCGCAGUUGUGGAGGAACUCUUGCAGUGUUGUGGAUGAGGGUGAUGACCAGGAGGCGAUCGACUCGAGACUGUCGACGGCGUCUAUCGACCAUUACACCCAGUCGUGUUCCAUUAGCGACCACAAGCUGUUUAUUCAGUCUUUGUGCUCGACCCUCUAUGCCCUCCAGAUGACGACGACGCACCAGAUCGUCAGCCUCAAGACGUCGCUUGCAGAGUCGAGGGCCUCGUUGGUGUUGGCUGAUCAGGAACUGUCGAACUUGAACGAUCAGAUCGCGGGUCUUUAUGAUGAGGUCGGCACCCUCAGGAACCAGCUCCGGGGUCUCCAACAAGAACUCGAUCGAUUGAUCCAGCACCGCAAGGCCGAGGUUGAGAAGGUGUGGGAGAUUGUCGGGGAGGUCAAGAUUACCGGAGGUGGGUUGAACAAGAUCUUGGAUGAUGACGAUGAGGGCUCAAUCUCGAGCGCCGAUACCGCCCGCAAGAGCUCAAUCCAGAGUCGUGCCCUGGCAACAUCUUCCCGGUAUUCGACUGCGUUGGUUGGAUCAGGGCUUGGUCAGGGAGAGAGCACCGGAGAGAGCACUGGCACCCUUGUCAACAGCGUUAAUGAUGUAAACGUUGGUGUCGGUAAUGGAGGAGGAUCCAAGGCCGGUGGUGACCGAGACUCUGUCUCGCGGUCUCUAUCGAUCUCUCGUGCUGAGCGAGCCUCUGUGCUUCGUCGAGUCUCUUCUCCACCAACAUUGUCCGAAAACGACGAGGACAACUUCUCGAUACCACCCUCUCGGGCCAGCUACGAGUACUCUGACCGCGGAUCGAUGGCCGGUGGCUCUGAGCUGGAUCGGCAUGCGCUGAUCUCGGCCGAGAUGGACAAGUUGCGUUCGGUCCAUUUGCACCUUCUGUCGACAAUUACAGAGUACAAGAAGCAGAUCACCGUGGUCAAGGAUCGCAACCUGAAGCUGGUUGCAACACUGUUGGAUCGUGAGAGGGUUCGCCUGUGGACUUCGGAUGGCCAGGAUGAAGUCAUUAGUGCGAUUGUUGGACAGCAUGGUGGAGGACACAACAGUCAUAACCAGUUGACGAACGGGGCUUCUACUUUGGUCGCUCAGCCUGCGUACAGCGGCGGUGGUAGCUCGAACACUGUGGGGGCCGUCUCGAUGGGCGAGAGCUACGUUGCACCUCCAAGCAGCAACAACAAUGGUGGAUUGACAGGAUGCUCGUCAACAAACCAUCUGAACCCUGGCGUCGCAGCGGGCACCAAGAAGCACCACCACCUGAGCCUGACGGCUGCCGAGGAUGGGAUCAAGCUGCUUAAGUGUCAAUUGGAGAGGAUCCGUCAGUGUGAGAUGACACGGUUCGCCGAGAUGGGCGUUGGACUGACGAUGAACUAUUCCGGCCUGUAUCCUGGUGGGGUUGUUGUUGCCAAUGGUGGUAAUACUGGUGUUGGCGGCGCAGGAGGAGUUACGGGGACGGAUGGGACGUUGAUGGUUCCUGGUGUUGGUGCUGGUGGUAAGAAUGACGAGUCGACGUUUGGGUCGAAGUUUGAAGCGACUUUAUAUUCUGACCUCGAGAACCGUUAUGGUGCAUAG